AAAUAAUGUUGCUUAGAGAUUGGUUAGAAUUAAGAACAUAUGGUGAAGUAUUAACCGAAACAAUAAACAAUUUGUAAACAUAUGGACAAGGAAGUGGAAGAGCCAAUGAUUCUGGUGUUUGUAAAACUAAUGAUUCAUUUGAAUUAUACUACGCUUUCAAUUCUCAAAGACUGCCGUGAGGGCUGGCAAGCCGUCGCAAACAAAUUCCUCCAGUCAAUUAGCCCUAGUCUUAUCUUGUAGAUCAUGGCCUGAUAGGUUGCAAAUCCGUAGCUUUCCGGAUAAACCACCCACCUCCAUCUCCACCUGUCAACUACUACCACAAUAGCUAUACAACAUCUAUAGAAUUACUAGACAAUCACAAUACAAUUACUAUACUUAACCUUACUAAACC